ACUAGCGUUUUCUUUUCUACUGUGUGUGUUAUUCUUUUUCUUCUAUUUUUGGUUCUGGAGUAGUAUAUUUACUGUUUUUACAUUUUUAUGUCUGCGAGAAGCUACAUAUUUAGGGAUACAUGUUCCGAGGAAACGGAUGUUCAAUCGCCCAUUCACUCACCUUGCUAAGCUCUUCUUGACUUCCUCUAAAAGGAUUUUUUUUUUUUUGAUUGCUCGAGGGUUGUGUGACAUUUUUUAUCCUUAUAGAAAAGUUCAAAGCUUUCUCAUGUAUUGACUGAGUAUUUUGGGGAGAAGGAGAUAAUUCUUGAAUCACUUGUGUGAAAGAACCAGAAUCACUGGAUCCUUACUCAUGAAAGUUGGUUGUUAGCUUUAGAACAUAGCAUUCGUGACACUCCUUAGGCUCAAGUUUAGACUAUAGUAGUUGAUAAAAGGGUUAUCUUUCUGUUACUUUGAGGUGGGAAGUUAUUUCACUAAUUUAUGUACUUGCAAAGGACUGGAGUUCUAUGAUAAAAAAACGGUACUUUUAACACACAAUGGGUAGAGAGCUGUGUUAUAGAGAUUUACCUUGGAUGAUGGAUCGUUUGGUUUUGGGAGAAAGGGAGCUUGAAGUAGAUAUUGAAAGUGGGGGGACAACUAGUGAAGAGGAUGCAACAAAUGAUCUCGUUUCAGCAAAUAAGCAAAGCAAGAAAGUUUUAGGUAGUGUUUGGGCUGGGCCUUUGAGUUUUGAUGGAUUGGUGAAUUCAUCAAAAUUUGGCGAGGAUGCUAAUGAGAAUGCAGAGUUGUUGCUAGAUAAGAGUGAAGGAGAAGAAGGUCAACAGAACAGUGCAUUUGUGAACAAGAAGCUUGUAGAAGAGAAACAGACAAAGAAAAAUUCUAGAAAGGCUCCCAAGCCACCCCGACCUCCUAAAGGUCCAUCACUAGAUGCUGCAGACCAGAAGUUGGUGCAGCAAAUCACUGAGCUUGCCAUGAGAAGGCGUGCCAGGAAUGAACGCAUUAAAACACUAAGAAAGAUGAGAGCAACAAAAUCAUCAUCUUGGAACAGCAGCCUAUUUGCCAUGGUCAUCACUGUUAUCUUCUGCCUUGUCAUUAUCUUUCAAGGAAUUUGCUCCAGGAACAGUGGAAGGAUGUGUUUACAAGGGUCAUCCAAGUCAGCAGUUGCUGCAAGCGAAGAUUUAAUUUCAGUUCAGUUUUACAAGGACUCUGCCAAUGAAAGUGAAGGACCUGGCUCUGGCUCUGGUUCUCCAAAGUGCGUAUUCCUGAUAUCGCUUGUUGCAUUACUUUUUAUUGCAUAGUUUGGUAGAAGGACAAGUUUCAGGUUCAGGCUCAUUUAAGAAGUAAAGUUGCAGAAUUUUCUGUUUCCUCCAGUAAACUUUGCUAUUUGUGCUGCAUAGAACCUAAGUUAAGACUCGAAUAACUUAUUCAUUUUGUAAACUGAAGCUGAGACACCACCUGAACUACUCUGAGUUUUGUAUAUAUGUGGACAGACACUGAGUUAGGAGACAGUUUUGUAAAGGACAGGUUUGUACAAUGAGUAACUCGCAGGUUUAUUUGCUGUUGCAUUUUAUUUAAAAUUUGGAUGAAGAUAUUGACGCUUCCAUUAAUUAUAUAUUAUAUAUAA